AUGGCUCACCCAAGGUUCGGAGCCGGAGCGGAGGUGGAGAUCAUGAGCCCCAUCCAAUGCCUCCGGGGAACGCUCUUCCCCGGAAGAGUCGUCGCUCCGUCGCCCCGCAAUCCCCACGCCUUCUUGGUAGAGUACAAAACCCUAAUCGCCCAGGGCGAUGCCGGCCGCCCCUCCAGGCCAUACCGAGAGGAGGUCUCCGUCGGCCUCCUGAGGCCGAACCCACCUGCCGAAACCAGCCGGAGUUUCCAUCUCGAUGACGUCGUCGACGCUUUCUUCAACGGGGGGUGGUCGGAGGGCGUGAUCACCAAGGAAUUGAAGAACUCCCGGUUCAUGGUGUACUUCCGGUGUGUGAAGCAGCAGUACCGGUUCGACGCAGCGGAGCUGAGGCUCCACCGCGAGUGGGUCAACGGGAAUUGGGUCCCGCCGUUCGAAGCUGAGGAGGAAGAUGGUGACGGUAACAAUGAUAAGGAAGCAACCUCAAUAGUUGAAAAGAAAUCUGGCGGCAUCUGCCAAACAGUGAAGGGAGUGUUCGCCAAGGGAGCACUGGUUGAGGUGAGAAGUGACGAAGAUGGACUCCAAGGUUCUUGGUUUGCAGCCACCAUAAUCAACAAGGCAGCGAGGAACCAAUUCUUCAUCGAGUACCAAACCCUCAGAGCGGAGGAUUCUAGCUCAGAGUACUUGAGGGAGCAGGUCGUGUCAAGUUGCCUGAGGCCGUACCCGCCGGAGACCAUCGUGGUCGACCCUUAUGAACAGAAUGCAAGUGUCGAUGCCUUGUACAAUGAAGGGUGGUGGGAGGGCAUUGUCGAGAGGCCUCUCGCCGGGAUGUGGUAUCAGGUUUAUUUCAAGGGCACUAGAGAUAGGAUGGAGUUCCAUCACUCGGAGCUCCGUCCUCAUCAGGAUUGGGUCAAUGGGAAGUGGGUGAUGCCUUCUCGAGUCUCAGAGGACCAGCUUGUGCCACUGCAUAUAGUGUAGUUGGUCUUCAAAGUGAAGUGUUAAGGCGUGCUCUUUAUCUUGGGAUCUUGAGCUGAGGUUUAGAUUAAUAGUGUGAAUAAGGUUUUUGGAGUAGGACCACUUUUCUUGGUUUCUUUACUGGAUUGCAGUUUGAUGAGGUUCUCAUGGCGCAGAUUC